CAAAAGUAUUGGACUCUCUACGCUCAAAUUUUUAAAAAGAUUAGAAGCGCUCACAUUGAUUUCUGAAUCCGUAUUCGUGCGUGUAUUGGUUACCGCUGUUGUCAGGUUAUACUUGAGCAAUCCUUUUAUUUGAACUGUGAUUACGACCGGAAAUCUGUGAAUGCUGUUAGUCGCGUUAUUUGAAAUGUCUGUUAUUCAUUAAUAUACUUUGAAUUCCAAAACAACAUUGGCCAAGAUUACCUUCUUGUUUUUUUUUAAAAAAUGGCGAUUAGCUUACAUGAAAAUGGGAUUCUUCGAAAUACUACAAACUGGCUAAAUAUUUAGCCAUGCAUACCAACAACUGUCUUCCAAUCCUUAUUGCAUACUGGAUCAAUGCCCAUAAAAAUACAACAAUAAGCUUCACUAUCCAUUUGUUCAGUAACCCGUUCAUAGGAUGUUAACAUGUACUAGAAAAAACGGUAAUGUAGACGACUUGUAGCAUUAAUCAUACACAUCAGGAUCGAAUGCCGUACAUAGAUUGCGGCCUGUACUAAACGCCUUGUCGUUAUCAGCAAGUGAAACUGAAAUUCCCACCAUAAAAGUGCUUUACACCGAUCAUUUUAAAAGGCUGUGGAUGUAAACAGGAUAAAAUCAUUAUGAAUGUAUAGCAGUUUUACUGAGCUUUAUUAUAAGGUGUGGGAAACCAAAUAAAAAAACUAGGAUCGCGAAACUCAAAGCGGACAAAAGGGUGCGGAAUAGUAUUUAAUUAGAACUUUAAGUAACAAGACUUUAAAUUUUACAGUUAUAACUCGCAAAUUGAUAGAUAUAACAGCGACAAAGUUUCGACUAAACAUUUUAGAAAUUACAUAUUUCAAAGCACAAAGCUAAAUAAACAUAACAAAAUAUUACAUUUGUGUUGACUGAUAUGGAGUGCGUUCCCUAGAUUAAUUAGUUAGAAUUUUGUCGUUGAAAAAUUAUGGAUUAAUAAAAACAUCUUAAUAGUAGACGAAAGUAGUAAACUUUGAAAUAUUUUUGACCGUACUUUAGGUUUAAAAAUGAAUAUUAUUUAGGCUUCUUACGUAUUCUUGAAAUUUUUUUACUGACGUUUAAGGGAUUUUUGAUUUUAUUGAUGAGUCUAAGCAUAUGGUAUUAUUUUGAAAAUCAUAAACGGUAUACCAAACUUCAACGUACUAUGGGAACAAAGAUUUAAAGAAUACAACUUCAACACAACUGGCUCUGCAGAAACGCAUAGCAAAAGCUUAAUUGAACAAAUUCCAUGCAAGUGUUAUGUGAAAGACCCGUCAGUUCAUAAACUAGCGUUAUUAUCAGACACAUUGGAUUUCAUGUACUAUGAUGCAUCGAAGAACAUAUUGGAUGGAAUUGAAUUAUGAGAAAUUUCAAGUUAACCUUGACAACAUCCUAAAAGACGUUUGUUACCUUUGUUAUAAGUCCUGCCGAUGAAAACUUCAUUCUCUUUACGCACAAAUAAUUCAAAUGCCGAAGUCAAACUUCUACGAUCAAAAGAUGACCUAAUACACGAACUCGUGACUUCUGAAAUUAAAUACAUAAGUUACCUCAGGAAGGUUUUGAAGUACUUUGCAAGGCCCUUAAUUGACCGCAGAUACUUGCCAGAAGAUAUACACUCUGAAAUUUUUGGACGUCUCGUGCCCAUCUUAAGUGUCAAUGAAACUCUUCUUGAGUCUGUCUUAACUGUUGGAGUAGAGAAAGCAUUUCUGAAAAUUUCUCCAUGUUUGAAAUUAUAUGCAGAUUAUGCCAACCGCUACCAAACAAACGUUGUGUUUAUGGAGACUUGUAAUGCAUUCAUACCAGGACUAAUGGAGUUUAUAAAUAAACAAGAAAGCUUACCAGAUGUUAAUUUACAGCUUUCAGCACUCCUCAUAAUGCCCAUACAGCGCAUUCCUCGGUAUUCUUUAAUACUCCAAGAACUUGUUAUCAUUUGCCUUCAACUGGACGGUUUAAGUAAUCCAGAAGCAAAUAAAUGUGCCAUUAGUAUUAACGAAGCUGCUCGUCAACAUUUUAUGAUACCAGAAUAUGCAGCCACUCUUAUUUUAAAACUAUGGGAUAAUCAUCAUCAAGUGCAUUACUCUCCAGAAUCUCAUGAUUCAAGUUUUUCAGAUCUGAAACGUUAUAUUCAUAGAAUGUGUGCUUCCACAAUUAUUCUUAUUGCAGGUUUUGCUAGUGUGGUAGCGACAGCAACAUUUUUAAAUGAACAGAUUAGAAUCAGUGAACAAGCUACUAAGGCCGCUUUAUUACAAUCAAGACUUUUUGGCAAAUGGUCGCAAAACCUCAUUCUAGUACCUGGGCGUAAACUAUUGAAGUAUGGAUUGGUGAAAAAGGUGAAUUCUCUUGAUGGAGUUGCGGAAACUCGUUUACUAGUGAUUAUGUCUGAUAUACUGAUAUGUGCUAAACCGCGAACCCAAACGGAGUUGGAAUUUAUUUUCAGCAAGAAAAAGUGUGUUUAUAGCCGAAAAUAUCCUAAUCCUUUUACACAGUUGUACGGAAGAAAAAUGUCUUUAGGGUUUACAAAACACAUUCGAAAGUCGAAUGACACAAACUCAUUGAUUCACGUUUCUAAAUUUUCUAAAUCAGUCUCACAAAGUUCUAACUCUCAAACUUUUAACGAUUUAACUGAUUUUUUAACAGAUAGUAAAGUUUGUUUUUCAUGUGUUGCUGUCUAUCCUCUUCAUCACUGUCAUGUUCAAAUUCAUUUUAAACCACAUAAUACGUUUCUGCAACCGAUCCCUGAGUCCCCUGAAUGUCCACCAAAUCAGAACAACUCAGUGUUUAUUUCACCAAUUUCUAUCGGAGGAUUUAGUCGUCACACUGCAUCAACACCAUUGGCGUUCGAUGAAUAUGCAUGUGGAUCAACAUCUGUUGUAAGACUGAAGUCGGAUUCAUUUAUUACCUUCAAUGAAGAUGACUACACAAUGAGACACCCUGAACCUUUGAAUGAAUACAGUUUCACUGUGCACUGUCGUGAUGCUAACUUUACUAUCGUGAAUGGUAAUUUAAGUGAAGCUGAAGAUUGGAUAUCUAGUUUGGAGACAGCCAUUCAAGCUGUUAAAACAGCACGAAAAAGCCUUCGUAAGGAAAGCAGUGCCAAGUGGCCAAUGCGUGCUUCAGAUUUUAUUCAAUUUGAACAAUGGCUAGAACAGAAACGUAUAGUCGAAGAGUCAAUGAAAUCUUCUCGAAUCUUUCAAAGGAUGGGAAUGGAAGAGUUGACCAUUGAUAAUCCCCUUUCACCAGUAAAUUUUCUUGAGUCAUCUAGAAUGGAACAAAAACUUGAAGAAUAUCGUAGACGUAAAUCCAUCGGCUGUGAUACCGAAAAAAACAAUCGGCUUUCUUAUAUGUUUUGUGAGUCUGGUAGUCUUAAACUUAAUCCCAAAAAAUCAAAACGUGAUAAACAAUGUGGACUGUUUUGUCAUUCGUUUAUGUCUAAAUUUAAAGAAAAUAACUUAGAUAAUGCCUCAGUACUUUAUCAUUCAAACGAUUCUGUUCGUUUGUUAUCCAUAACAAGCAUUGCUGAUAAGCCCACAUCAAAUUCCAUUCCGUUCAAUACAGGAAAUCAUUUGUACAGCAGUGAUCGUUGUUACCAUUUGGGUGAUACUCAUCGUAGUUCAUUUCCAUCUCAAUUAGCCCAAUCUUUUAGUGGAUGUUUGUGCAUGUAAAAUGCUUGCAAACAGGUAUCUGUGCUAUAAAAUCUUAAAUAAAACCACUGCUUACUCCAAGUAUUAUUUUUAUUCUUAUUCCCACAGAGAAUAAUCAUUCAUCCAUACUGUAUACUUUUGUCUAGUUUUUUCUUUAUAAUCUAUUUUUUCAUAAAUCUUCCAUCUUUUAUUUUUGUAUCCGAUAUUACAGAUGUAUUUUAAACACAAGCGUUGAUUUGUAAACUGACAGAGAUUGCUCCAGUUGUAUCUUGAUGAAAUGUAAUUUUUGUUCUCUUGCCUUAUCUUAUACCUUUCCUAUUUUAUACAACUAAAAGCGUAAUGCUAACUGGAAUAUUCCAGUUUUUAUUUUAAUUAUGUUUCCGACUUGUCAAUAAUUAUGCUGAUUUCUUGUUUUUUUGUACCACGUAUUACCACUUUGUACUUUUUUUAAAAAUGUUAAUUAUGUAGAAUAAAGCGAUCAUUGUUUUUUU